GAUACAACAUGGCGCCCAUUUAGAAAAGGAUAAAGAAAGUAAAUAAAUAACAAUCUCGAUCUUAUACAGACCAAUGAAACAACUAGUUACAUAUUAAUUAUUUGUCCAAAAACAUUGUGAUCAAAAUUAGUCUACUUCCAACCAAAUACAUAGCAUGACAAAAAAGUCAAAAAGUAAAUUAUAUGUCUCCAGUGUAAAAACCAUUAAAAUAGACCAACAUUCUGUCAGGAACAUACCUACAACCAUUCCAUUGAAUCUUCAAGAACAGAAAGAAAAGUUUCUGAAACAUGGCCACACACCAAAUUUUGUCCAUAAUACAGAUUCAGCACAUCUUCAAGAACUCACAUCAUCGGUCAAAGGUCAAAUAAGAUUUGAAUAUUUGGGCGAAGCUGAACAUAUUUUAAAACUUGUGAAAGAGAAAUACGGCAAUGGUGAUAAUUUUUUACUGGAAUGUUAUGGUAAACGUAUAAAUCAAGAAGAAGCUCAGGUCAUUCUUACUAAAUAUUUAGAAGAGAAUUUAUUAAAUGAAUCUCUAACAGUUAUCUGGUGCAAAAACUUGGGAUGUAGUGCUAAAAUGAUGUGGACAGGUCCAACUGUAAAAACAAAUAAACCAGAAGCUAGAAGAUAUACUCUAUGGUUAAACAAUUCAGAUGAAAAUCCUUACAUAAGAGAACAUGGUUUAGAGUGUCUGUUAGAUCAUGAAAUAGGAACUCAUUUUUUUCGCAUGUUUAAUGAUGGGUUACAGCCGUGGUAUUCUGAUAGAAAAAAGUUUGGUUUACGCAGCAUGGGAUCAUUUGAUUCUCUAUGCUAUGAAGAAGGCUUGGCUACAAUUCAUGGUAUCUUAGGCUCAAAAGCUAAAUACCUUUGGCUAUCUGCUUUAGUAUAUUAUACAGCAUGUAAAUCAACAGAAAUGAAUUUUAAACAGUUAUUUGAUCAUCUAGCUCAAUUUGUUACCAAUAGAGAACAGAGGUGGAAACAUGUUAUGAGAGUAAAGCGGGGAUUAGCUGAUCCUAAUGAUUUAGGUGGUUAUGGCAAAGAUCAGUGUUAUUUCGAAGGAGCAUUAAAAAUUCUACGUAAUAUUGAAGAUAUAGAUUUUACUGUAUUGAUGUCGGGUAAAAUAUGUAUUGAUGAGAUUAAUCGGAUAAAACGGGUAGCACGGAAAGACUGUAUUAAACUUCCAGCUUUCAUGAAAAAUCCUGAAAAAUACAAGAAGAAACUACGACACAUGGCAGUGUUAAAUGGUUUA